UGGAAUUUGGACUUGGCAGUAGGAAUUAAGACUUGUCAGAGGAGAAAGCAAUAAUAGCUCUAUAGGAUUAUUUACUGUCGGGCAGAAAUUAGUAUAUUGUCACAGUAAUACACCUUUGGACGUGCAGACUCAUGAGAUACAUCUCACUCACAUGGUGAAAGCUUACGCCAGUUACGCCAUAUUAUAAAGCAUGCGUCUUAUUUACCUGAUAAACAGAUAUAUUAUCAAUGAUUCAGUGCAGUUUGUUUGGUCUUCCCUUUGUUUAUUCUUAACAAGGUGAGAGGUAGCAAAAUUUAUCAGUAAUCAAGUCAUGUAGCCGUUGGUUAAAGGUUUAGCAGAAAAAUGCCUAAAUUGCAAGACUUACGAAUCGACUUUAACAAGUCCGGUGCCAUCUAUUUACCUGGAGAAAUUGUCUCGGGCAGAGUGUUUUUAAGGCUUUCCGGGUCAAAAAACAUACGAGAAAUUCGCAUGGAAGCUUCCGGUGAAGCCGAAACUCAUUGGACGAAAAAAAAAAGAGAUAAAGACAGCAGUGGACGAAGUCAGACUCGGAUUGAACAUUACAGAGGCAACCAGCAUUAUUUUAGCGUUACUAAUCGACUGCUUGGCAAUGGUAUAGGAGACGAGCAUUCGACGCUACCCUCUGGUGAACAUUCGUAUCACUUUAGCUUCCAACUACCCUCAAACAUUCCAUGCAGUAUCGAACAUGAACUAGGAUUUGUCCGGUACACCGUGAGAGUCCUUCUAACUCGGCCUUGGAAAUUCGAUCACAAAGUCAUAUCGGCCUUCUCUGUCAUCUCAUCUUACGACUUGAACGCUGUUUACGAUUUAUCGACGGGCAUCAGCGAAGAGUUCCGGCGCAACUUUCGCUACUGGUGUGUACUCAGCGAUGGCGGAGUAAAUAUUCGUUUGGGGAGCCGAGUCAAGGGCUUCGUUCCUGGGGAGACGAUUGAGCUGGUCGUCAAGUACGAUAACAACUCCACUCGAGUUGACCUUACCAAAAUGAAGCUCAAUCUGGAAAAGAGCAUGACAUUCUACACGUCGUCGCCGAAAGACAAAAAGCUCAGCAGCGAGAUCGUAAAGAAGACCAAAGUAGUGGGGCCCUUUCCGAAAAUCGGCGAGACCAUAUUGAAACUGGAGGUGCCGCCGGUGCCACCCUCACGCCUGGAAAACUGCUCUCUCAUAGACCUUUGCUACAAGCUCAACCUAACUUUGAGCGUAUCCGGAUUACGCUUCCCGAUUAAAAAGUCUUACCCCGUUGAGAUCGGCACCGUGCCGAUUUACGGCCGUGCGGCUGCGGCCGGCACGAUCCCGGCACCACCGUGCGCUGCCCCCGUGGCACCACUCAUCGAACAGAUGAGCCCAGCUGUUGGGCAACACACGUCCCAAUCCGUAAACCCGAUUGGCUUCGUCAUCGUGGGCGCACCGCCUUCUGUCACCAGUGGAGUCCCACAACUUGUACCGAUGGACGCUAUGCCUCCUCCAGCCUAUGAGGAGUGCAUUUCUGGAAGUAAAACGAUUACACCAAUCGAACAGGGCAUGUAUGGAGCCGAUGUCCAGUUUGCUCCUAGAUAUCCUGUCUACAGAUUUCCCACGCCAAGGCCUUAUUCCACAUAGAUACUUUAUAGUACUUGGUUUGACUGAACAGGAUUGUGAUAAUAGACUUACUAAGACAAUACUCGCUUCAAAGACUAUGAAAGAAACUAUGUAAUUUCUACGAAACGUCUGACGCUCAAGUAGUGCUUCAUUGUGAAUACGAAUUAUAUAUUCUUAAAAAUAUAUUUAUUACGUAUACGUUAAUAUAUAAACUAAACUGUAAGGCACAAAUCUGAUUGUUUAAAUGAGAUUUAAUUAUUAUUGUGCAUGCGCUAGCCAAUGUACACGUUAUUUUAGUGUAUGUUUGAACAAAAAGCUAUACAACUUCGUUAAAACGAUUAAAACGUGAUGCGCUUAUUCAUGUUAAUGUAAGUAUCAUCUUGUUUUAAAUGAUCAUUAAGCUUGUUUACUUAUACAUAAGUCAUUUCACAAAAAAUGAGGUAAUUUAAGUUAUAAAAUAAAAUUGUCAAAAUUCCGUGCUUAAUAUUUUUUUUACAAUUUUUUCCAUUUGACACAAGGCCCAAACAAGCUAACAACCUUUGGUUUUGCAUCUUACGGCCCCGCAAAAAAUUAAUUUAAAUGUAUUUAGGGAAUUCUAAUGCGCACAUUUGAAAGAAAGUUCUUUUUUGAAAUAGUUUAAUUCACCAUUUUGAAAUAUAAGCUUCAUGGAAUAUCACGGUUUUUGUGAAAUGACAAAAAUAAUAAUAAGAAAGUAUUUGUUCUAAAUAAUUGUAUUACUGAAAAGUCAUGCAAAUUUGCCAAGUAGUUACACUACUUUACCAAUCGUACGUUGCACUUUUUAUACUACUUAAGUUUUUUGAAAUUAAAUUUUUCAAAUUUUGUCAUGACACUUGUUUUAUAUAUCAUGUAUUUAAAUGCAAAAAUACAUUGUAUCAUAUUAAA